AUGUUUGUACAAACCAAUGAUCUAGCUGGACAGGAAAAACAGAAUACAUUGAAAUCUGAACGUUGGGUUGUUCAAAAGCUUGGCGGAACAAGCCUCGGCCACUUUGCAACCAACAUCGCGAAAGACAUUAUUCGACCCGGAGCACAAGAACAUAGAGUCGCGGUCGUUUGUUCAGCCAUCAGCCGUUCAACAAAGGAGAAUGGUACGACAAACAGGCUUUUUCUAGCUUGUAGUGAGCUUCAAACGGAUGGCGCUAGCUUCUCUCGAUUCAUUGAUGGUAUGCAGCUCGAACAUGUCCAAGCAGCCAUGAGAGACAUUCAGUCCCUCAGCAUCCGAGAGGAGUUGAUCAAACGAAUUCGAUACGAGUGUGCGUCAGUGAUUAAGACACUGAAUGCAGCCUACUUUUUAGGUGAAGUCGGCCCAGCGUGUGUUGGCAGAGUGGUCAGCGCCGGCGAGAGAUUAAGCUGUCAUUACCUCGUCGCAAUAUUGCAAGAUAUCGGACUUCAAGCAAGUUUUGUGGACGUAAGUAAUUUGAACCUUGCGCUGUCAUCUCCAAUCGAUUGGAACGAUGAAGCCUUUGUGGGCAGGGUUGCUACCGAGGUCUCGGAAAAGAUCUUGUCUGUCUCCGGAAUUCCUAUCAUCACCGGGUAUUUUGAACUUCAGCCCGCUGGAGCUUUACUUGCUCAUGUUGGGCGUGGGUAUACAGAUCUGUGCGCUGCUUUGGUGGCUACCGGUCUGGAAGCUACGCAGCUACAAAUCUGGAAAGAAUUCGACGGCGUUUUCACAGCCGAUCCACAUCACGUUCCAGAUGCAACUCUAUUAAGUCAUCUGACGUUAUCUGAGCUCAAAGGCUUGACAUCGUACGGAUCCCAGGUGGUACACACCGCUGCAGUUGACGUGGCGAGGGACCAAAAUCUUAUGCUGUCUGUUCGCAAUGUUUCCAAACCAUUGAAUCCGGGUACACUCGUCACUCAAGGUGUGGGAGACCCGGAAACGCAGUUCAUGGCAAUUACUAUAAAACGCUAUAUAGCAACUUUGAACCUCCGGAAUUUGCAGCAUUAUUCAGGUUUUGGAAACCCUUCGGAAGUUUCAUUUGAAUGGGGAAAUUCUUACAACAAGCGCAUUUGGACUCUCAAUGGCUGUCUGUCAAGCAGAAAAUGA